UAGAAGAAAUGCAGGAAAAUUGAUGUGUAUAAAUAGAGGAUGGAGAUGAGAUGUGAGCAUAGAGGAAGUGAGAAGUGAAAAAGAUUGUGAAAUGGGUUGUAUGCGUAUAUCAGUAGUAGCAGUGUUGUGUGCAUUAGUGAUGAAUGGAGUGUCGUGUGCAGAUUUGAGUUCUACUUACUACCACACAACAUGCCCUCAACUAUAUUCCAUUGUCUAUGGAGUCAUCAACCACGCUUACAUCACUGAUCCCCGCAUUGCUGCCAACCUCAUCAGGCUUCAUUUUCAUGAUUGCUUUGUUCAAGGUUGCGAUGGAUCAGUUUUGCUGAAUAACACUGAUAGCAUAGAAAGCGAACAAGAUGCAGCUCCAAAUAUCAAUUCAUUAAGGGGUUUGGAUGUGGUUAAUAACAUCAAGACAGCAGUGGAAGAUAGUUGUCCAGAGACAGUUUCUUGUGCUGAUAUUCUUGCCAUUGCAGCUGAAGUAGCUUCUGUUCUGGGAGGAGGUCCAUCAUGGUCAGUUCUAUUAGGAAGAAGGGAUAGCUUAACAGCAAACAGAACCCUUGCCGAAACAAACCUUCCAGCACCACACUUCACACUUUAUCAACUUAAACAAUCUUUUGCUGCUCAAGGUCUCAACACUACUGAUUUAGUUUCACUCUCAGGUGCACAUACGUUUGGACAAGCACACUGCAACAAUUUCAUCGACAGAUUAUACAAUUUCAACUACACUGGAAGUGCUGAUCCAACUCUGAAUAGCACUUACUUGAAAGCAUUGAGUGAGAUAUGCCCAGUAGAUGCUACUGAGGAUAACCUCGCCGAUUUGGAUCUGAUAACUCCUAAUCAAUUCGAUAACAAAUACUACUCCAAUCUUCAAUACCAGAAUGGGCUGCUUCAGAGCGACCAAGAACUCUUCUCCACUUCUGAUGCUGAUACCACUGACCUUGUGAAUAGCUUCAGCAGUGACCAAAGUGUUUUCUUUGAGAACUUUGUAGUGUCAAUGAUAAAAAUGGGUAGUAUUUCAGUGCUGACAGAAGAUGAAGGAGAAAUUCGGUUGCAGUGUAAUUUGGUGAAUGAAGACUCGUCUGGUUUAGUUGGUGUGGCAUCCAAGGCUCCAAAACAGAAGCUCGCAGCAUAUGAACACAUUAUGAGGAUACAAAGAAAAGUUUUGUGGGGUUGGGGUGCAGAUGGGAGGAAAAUAGCUUGGGUUAAAUGGAAAACUUUAUGUAAAUCAAAGAGGGAGGGAGAAGCUUGGAUGAUAGAAAGUGUGGACAGAGAGAAUCUUGUUGGUGGAAUAAUCUCCGAAAGAACAGCCAAAAUGGGUUUUAUGCGUGUAGUACUAAUGGCAGUGUUGUGUUCAUUUGCUUUGCAUGCAGGGUUUUCUGUCACUAAUGCUCAGCUUAGUCCUACGUUCUACAGAACAACAUGUCCAAAUCUAUUCAAUAUUGUGUUUCAAGUCAUCUUUCAAGCUUCCACCACCGAUCCCCGAAUUGGGGCCAGCCUUCUCAGGCUUCAUUUUCAUGAUUGCUUUGUUCAAGGUUGCGAUGGAUCAGUUCUGCUGAACAACACUGAUAGCAUAGAAAGCGAACAAGAUGCAGCUCCAAAUAUCAAUUCAUUAAGGGGUUUGGAUGUGGUCAAUAACAUCAAGACAGCGGUCGAAAAUAGUUGUCCAGGGAGAGUUUCUUGUGCUGAUAUUCUUGCCAUUGCAGCUGAAGUAGGUUCUGUUCUGGGAGGAGGUCCAGGAUGGCCAGUUCUAUUAGGAAGAAGAGAUAGUUUAACAGCAAACAGAACCCUUGCAAAUCAAAACCUUCCUGCUCCUUUCUUCAACCUCACUCAACUUAAAGCAGCAUUUGCUGUUCAAGGUCUCAACACCACUGAUUUAGUUGCACUCUCAGGUGGUCAUACUUUUGGAAGAGCUCACUGCAGCACAUUCAAUAACCGAUUAUACAACUUCAACAACACUGGAAACCCUGAUCCAACUCUGAAUACAACUUACUUAGCAACACUGCGUCUGAUAUGCCCCCAGAACGCAACUGGGAAUAACCUCACCAAUUUGGACCUGACCACACCUGAUCAAUUUGAUAACAAAUACUACUCCAAUCUACAGCACCUCAAUGGCUUACUUCAGAGCGACCAGGAACUCUUCUCUACUCCUGCUGCUGAUACCAUUCCCAUUGUCAACAGUUUCAGCAGUGACCAAAACGCUUUCUUUGCCAACUUUGUAGCGUCAAUGAUAAAAAUGGGAAAUAUUGGAGUGCUCACAGGAACUGAUGGACAAAUUCGCACCCAAUGCAAUUUUGUGAAUGGAAACUCGUUUGGAUUAGCUAGUAUGGCGUCCAAAGAUCCUAAGCAAAACAUGGUUUCUCAAUCUUAAUAAGUUAAUGGAAAGUGUCAUCUGUAAAAGGCAAAUUCUCUUGCUAUAAUAUUGAAAUAAACCACAGAAAUAUGCAUGCAAACGUGAUUUGCUAUGCACCUCUUAUGUGUUUACUUUGAAUCUUAUUAUUGUUCAACCAUCAUUCUCCAUCUUUAUUUUUCCAGCAAUGAAAAACUCGCAAAGAUUUUAUA